CAACGUUCUUCUCUGUGCGUCGUCCUGAACAGCUUUAGCCAAUUUAGUACUGUUUCGUUGAACUCAUUGUGUCUGGUCAUCGUACGGGCGUGCUAAUUGCGGCGCUAUGGCGACGCUGGAAGCGCGUGAAGGGUUUGAGCGUCAGCGAAUGAAGCUGCAAGACCAGCGUGUUCAGACGCAGAAAAAGACGUUCAUGAAAUGGGUCAAUUCAUUUAUUCCGAAGUCGUUGCACGUCAAGGAGUUGUUCAGCGAUUUGUCGAACGGUCACGUGCUGUUGAAGCUGUUGGAGAGCAUAUCAGGAGAGAAAGUGGGAACACCAAACACCGGGUCUCUUCGUGUGCACAAGCUUGAAAAUGUUCAAAAAGCUCUAGAUUUCCUGAGUCAGAAGGUAAAGCUGGAGAGCAUCGGAGCUGCAGAUAUUGUCGAUGGCAAUCAACGUUUGAUUCUCGGUCUGCUGUGGACAAUAAUUCUUCGAUUUCAGAUUCAAGACAUCUCAUGGGAGGAUGAAUCAAGAGAAGUAAAAUCUGCAAAGGAAGCACUGCUUCUCUGGUGUCAAAGGAAAACAGCUGGCUAUCCCGCAGUCAAUGUACAGAAUUUCAACAGCAGCUGGUCAUCUGGUCUUGCCUUUUGCGCUCUCAUUCACAAACACAGACCUGACCUGAUUGAUUUCAAGUCUCUUCGAGCAGGAAACUCAGAGUUCAACUUACAGCUUGCAUUUGAGACAGCCGAGAGAGAAUUUGGAAUCGCGCCUUUGCUUGAUGUUGAAGAUGUGAAUGUUCCCAGACCAGAUGACAAGUCCAUUAUGACAUACCUUGUCUCAUACUACAAUUAUUUUACUAAGAUGAAGUCAGAGGAAACUGCAGGAAGGCGAGUUGCAAAGGUUGUGGGUAAAAUGAUGGAGACAGAUAAAAUGAGGACCGACUAUGAGCGAAUGGCGUCUGAUCUUCUUAACUGGAUUCUCUCGACUAUCAACAAACUCGCAGACAGAACCUUUCCUAACAAUGUGGCUGGGAUACAGUCGCUGUUGGUUGAUUUCAAGAGAUACAGAAUGAUUGAGAAGCCACCAAAAUAUUCUGAAAUGAGUGACUUGGAGGUGCAAUAUUUUGACAUCCAAGCCAACUUGAGGGCAUUUAGACAAAAGACAUGGAUGCCUUCUGAAGGAAAAUCAAUAUCAGAUAUCAACAAGGGAUGGGGUCGCCUAGAGCAAGCAGAACACAAGAGAGAACUGGCUCUGCGAGAUGCUCUUUUGAGACAUGAACAACUUGAGCAGUUGGCAGCUCGUUUCGAAAGGAAGGCCGAUCUCAGAGACUCAUGGCUUACAGAAAUGGAUAAUGUGCUUUCAGACAUGACUUAUGGUGAUACAUCAGGAUCUGUCACUGCUGCACUGAAGAGGCAUGAGGCUGUAAAUACGGAUGUCAGAGCUCGGGAAGAUCGUAUUGAUGCAGUCGUGAAGUUGGCCGAUCAACUGAUCUCUGGUGAAUAUCACCAAGCACCAGCAGUGAGGCAAAGACAGCAGGGGAUUCGGUCAAAAUGGCAGUCCUUGCUGCAGAAAUUGGAGAAGAGGCGGCAGUCUCUUGAGAGCUUUAGAGAUCUGGUGAUGGUGUUUGCUAACAUGGACAGAGCUCUUGCUGAGAUGACACUGACUGAGAAUAGUCUGAAAUCGGAUGACUAUGGCAAGCAUCUAACUGGCGUCGAAGAUCUCAUCCAAAAACACACUAUUGUGGAAUCCGACGUUUCCAGUCACGCUGAUCGCGUCAAAUCUCUUCGUGCUGAAGCCCAAAAAUUUAUUGACUCCAGACACCCGGACUCUACCCUAAUUCGUGAACGCCAAGUGGCGCUCUCCGAUGGCUACACUCGUCUCGCACGGUCAGCAGAGGCUCGCAAAUCUCGUCUCAAUGAUUCACUCAAACUGCAGCAGUUCUAUCGUGAUGUCGAAGAGGAAGAGGCCUGGACUAGAGAGAAAGAACAGAUAGCGUCGAGCACCGACCACGGCAAAGAUCUUGUGGGCGUUCUGCAUUUGAUGAAGAAACAUGAAGCUUUGGAGGCAGAAGUGAACGGGAGGGAAUCUCGGAUGCACACAGUCUGUCGGAUGGGAGAGAGUAUGAAGAAUGAGAAACACUAUGCAUCGAAGGCGAUUACUACGAGAGUAAGCGGAUUGGUAGACAAAUGGAAGAAGUUUAAGGAACUUGCUGCGGCCCGGAAGACGAGAUUGGAUGAGGCAUAUCAAUCACAGCAAUACUACGCCGAUGCCAAUGAUGCCGAGUCGUGGAUGAAGGAGAAAGAGCCUCUUGUCUCGAGUGAUGAUUAUGGACGAGAUCUUGCUACAGCGCAGAAUCUCCUACUAAAUCACGAGCGGCUGGAAAGUGAAGUCAAGUCGUACAGUUCCGACAUUACUCGACUUCAAGAUCAAGCAAAGCAAGUUUCCGGCUCGUCUGGAAGCUCGUUGCCUUUGACGGAACGGGCGUUUUCUUCCGAGGCGACGGAAGAAGAAACGGUUGAUGAGGAAGUUGACGUUCCGGUUGAGUAUGAAGUGGAAGAGAUGCAGGAACGUGAGGUAGUUCAGGACGUUGUCAAGGAGGUUAAAGUGUCUCAGGUGAUUGCCAAAUAUCCGUACAAAGGACAAGCAAUGGAAAUGCAGAAGGGAGAUGUUUUUGUGCUCGUCCAGAAGACGAACAAGGACUGGUGGAGUGUCCGCAACCGUAACGGCAAAGAGGGCUAUGUUCCAGCCAACUAUGUGGGAGAGAUACAGCCGCUCACUCAUAAGCGAGUAGAGAAGAAGAAAGUCAUGGUCAAGACUCCGGUGAAGGUUACGAAGACGCGUAUCGAGAAGCAGGUCGUUAGAAGGAGAAAGCCAUCUCAAGGAUUUCAAAGAAUGGCGAAGCGUGUGUCUAUGGUGAAGCUGGGGACUGGUGUUCUGAAGCAUUUCGACAGUCACAACGUUGCCAGCAGACAACAGGCUAUCAACUCCACGUAUGAUCGGCUGGUGAAACAGGCAGAGGUUCGUCGUCGGUACCUGGAAGACGCUGUUCGAUUGUUCGAACUCUUUCGCGAUUGCGACGAAGUUGAGUCGUGGAUGACCGACAAGGAAACAAUCGGCGGAGGUGAAGAUCAACAAAACAGCAAAGACCACAUUGAAGCAAUGAGAAAGAAAUUUGAUACCUUCAAGACCGAUCUGGUUGCAAACAGCAUCCGCGUGAUGGAUAUCAGCAAUCGUGCAGAUGGCCUAGUAAAAGACGGUCACUCCCAAAACGGAGCCAUUCGCAGAAGACAGCAACAGUUGAAAGACCGCUGGGAGGCUUUACAGAAGCUGAGAGCGAGCAGAGAGCAGACCCUAGAAGUGGCCGAAAGUGUGCAGCAGUUUCAGCAGACUUGUGACGAGACGAAAGCGUGGAUGAUGGAGAAAGACAGCGCCUUGUCGUCGGAUGACACGGGGAAGGACCUCGCCGCCGUUCAAGUGCUUCAGAGACGUCAUGCAAAUCUCGAACGAGAGCUGGGUCCCGUUGAAGAAAAACUCCAAAAACUUGCAGUCCAAGCCGAACUAGUGGUGAGGAGUCAUCCAGCCGACUCUCGACAAGUGCGUCAGCAGCAAGCUGAGAUCAAGGGGAUGUGGGACAAGCUUCAGAUGAAAUCGAGUGGUAGAAAACUACAACUUGAUGAUGCCCACAAACUACACGAAUUUCACGCCGACUCUCGAUCAUUGCUUGUUUGGGCCGGUGAAAUGAAGACGGGCUUGACGUCUGAUGAGUUGGGGCAGGACUCGAGUCAGGUUGAGUUGUUGAUUGAGAAGCACCAAGAAAAGAAGAAGGAAAUUGACAACAAAGACGAAAAGUUUGAAUGUCUUCUUGCUCUCGGAAAGCAGAUGCUUUCAGCAAGUCGCAAUGCACCAGAAGUACGAGAGCGGAUGAAACAGUUGACCCAGGAGCGUCAAGCUCUUCGAGCCGUGUGGGCCGCCAGAAACGAUCAGCUUCACGAUUGCCUCGGGCUGCAGCUGUUCAACAGAGAGGCAAAGCAAGUGGAAGGAGUCGUAGCUUCUCAUGAAGCAAUGCUGGCUAAUGAAGAUAUUGGGUCUGCAUUGGACACUGCCGAAUUGUUAGUGAAAAGCCACGAAGAGCUUGAAGUCCAGUUGGCAGCUCAAGACGAUAAAAUAGCCUCUUUGGCUGAACAAGCCUACAAAUUGAUCAAUUCGGGUCACUACGAUGCUGUCAGUGUUGCAUCUAGAAGAGAUGUUGUGUUAGCUCGAAGUAAGAAGGUAAAGGACAUGGCAACUGCCAGAAGGCUGAAACUGAACGACAGCGUGACCUAUCAUCAAUUCCAAAGAGAAGCUGCAGACAUAAGUGCAUGGAUGAUGGAAAAACUUCAAGUAGCAACAGACGAGUCAUACAAGGACUCCACAAACUUGUCUGCCAAACUUCAAAAGCAUCAAGCAUUCGAAGCCGAAUUGGCUGCCAACAAGGCUUCGGUCGACGCCGUUAUUGUAAAUGGUGAAACUCUCUGCCAUACCAAACACUACGCGGCACCCGAAAUCAAACAAGCGGUCGUCGGUUUGUCGUCAUUGUGGGAACAACUAGCGACAGCGUCUGCCAACAAAGAGCAGAGACUGUUGGAGGCGGCUGAUCAGCAGCGUUUCAAUCGAGGAGUUGAAGAUUUCGAUAUGUGGUUGAAGGAUGUGGAGGCGGUUUUGAGCAGCUCGGAUCUCGGCCGAGAUCUGUCAAGCGUAAACCAUCUGCUGAAGAAGCAGCAGCUCGUCGAGAACGACAUUCAAAUGCGCGGCGACAUGAUGGAGGAACUCCGAGGUCAAGGCAACCGUUUGGUCGCACAGGGACACUUCGGUAGCGACGCGAUACAGCGAAAGAUUCGCGACGUUACGAAUCGAUUCGAAGGGUUGAGCUCGUUGGUUGCGGACAGACGCUCUCAAUUGGAGGCGUCUCGCAAAGUGCAUCAGUUCUUUCGCGACGUCGAAGACGAGAAUCAGUGGAUACGAGAACAUAUUGUCGUAGCUGCUUCACCCGACGUCGGAUCGUCCCUCACGAGCGUUCAGAACAUACAGAAGAAGCAUCAUGCUCUCGAACUCGAAUUGGCAACGCAUCGCACGCAAGUCGCCUCUCUCGAUGCGCGUACUAAGGAACUUAUGGCGCAGGGAAACUUCGCGUCCGAUGCCAUUUUUCAACAGAAUCGAUUGGUGCAGACGGCGUGGAAGAAUCUGCUGGCGCAUUCGGAGGCGAAGAAGAGGAAGUUGGCCGAUUCGCUGAAGGCGCAGCAGUAUUACUACGAGGCGAAUGAAGCGGAUGUGUGGAUGAACGAGAAGGCGGGCAUUGCAAGCAAUCAGGAUUACGGCAAGGAAGAGGUCGUCGCUGAGAAACACCUGCAGAAGCAUAAGGCUUUGGAGCUAGACGUCGAAUCGUAUGCGAGUGUGGUGACAGAUCUCGCUGAACAGGCGAACAACUUGUCUACCAGCGGGCAUUUCGACUCGGAAAACAUCAGCGCAAGGCAGUCACAACUGGAGGAGCAACUUCUUGGUCUUCAGACUCUAACUUCAGUGCGACGACAAAGACUUCAAGAGUCGAAGAAGCUGCACCAGUUCAAUCGAGAAGUCGACGAAGUUAUGUCGUGGUUGAGCGACAAACAAGCGAUAGCGAGCUCCGAAGACUACGGCAAAGACUUCGAACAUCUUGAGGUUCUUCAGAAGAAGUUUGCUGAUUUUCGACAAGACAUUAAGUCCUCGUCGGGAACGUACAACGCUGCUAUGAACAUGGCGCGCAAGCUGGUCGCAGAAGGCCAUUCGGACACAGUGAUGAUCAAAGACAAGCAAGAUCAAAUGCGAUUGGGUUACAAUACGCUUGUCAGUCAGAUGUCAAAUAGAGCCAAGAAGCUGGCUGGCGCUCACGAAAUCCACCGGUACAAACGCGAUGCUGGCGACCUGCUGGCGCGCGUGCAGGAAAAGGAGGCUAGUCUCCCGGAUGAUUACGACCUGGGGAGAAAUCUCGGGGACGUACAGAAUUUGAUAAGUAAACAAAACGUUUUCGAGAGAGAAAUUGCAGCUCUGGGCACACAGGUACAAAGUUUAAACAACGAGGCGUCGAGACUGGCUGCGUCGUAUCCGGGAGUUCAGGCGCUCGAGAUCAAUUCGAAACAGGAGGAGGUUGAGACGGCGUGGGAGAACCUUGAAAGUCGUUCGAUGCUGAGAAAGAGCCGUUUGAUGGCGUCGCGCGAGCUGCAAACGUUGAACAACUCGGUUCGUGAUUUGCUGUCGUGGAUCAGUGAGAUGAAAGUGAGAAUGACGAGUGAAGAUCCCGUUCACACUGUGACGGAAGCGGACGACUUGAUGAGUCGACACAACAGUAACAAAGCGGAGAUCGACGCGCGCGAAGAUGGCCUUAUCAAGAUAAGGCAAACUGGACAGAGACUCAUAAGUCAAGGCCACUACGCUGCCACUGAGAUACGUCAGCGUUUAUCCGAUUUGGCCAAGGCUAAGUCGGCUCUCGACGACACGUGGUUGGAUCGCAGACAUCGCUACGCCGAGCUCAUCGAUCAACAACAAUUCUACCGCGACGCACGACAGAUAGACGACAUGAGCAACGCGCAAGAAAUAUUCCUUCUCAAUGACGACCUCGCUGACACCGUUGACGGCGUAGAAGCAAUGCUGAAGAAACACGAAGCAUUUGAGAAGACGGUUGCCGCUCAAGAGGAGAAGGUUACCUCACUUGUCGAGUUUUCCGAUCGUUUGUUGGCCGCUGCACACUUCGAUACUGACAACAUUAAGUCUCUUCUUGAACGCGUGUUGGAACGACGGAAUAGUUGCAAGGAGAAGGCAGAUAAGAGAAAGCGACGGCUGGACGAGAACAGAAACUUAGUGAACUUCAGGAGAGAUAUUUCUGAGGUGUUGAGUUGGAUUUGGGAGAAAAUGCAGACAGCUAAUGACGAGUCUUAUCUGGACCCGACUAAUCUUGUCGGCAAAGAGCAGCAACACAAAGCGUUCAAGGCAGAACUGACCUCCAACCAGGAGCUUGUUGAAGAGGUCACUCAAAGCGGGGAGGCUCUCAUAGCAGCUAGGCACUACGCAGGCAAGGAAGUCAAAGACCAACUUCACGAAUUGUUGUCUCAAUGGGAUAGACUUAAGGAGGCAACGGAAAACAGAGAGAGAGGAUUGGCGGAGGCGAUGGCGCUCGUGCAGUUUAAUCGCGAAGCGAACAUGAUGGAGUCGUGGGUGAAGGAAAAGGCGCAGAUAGCUUCACAAGAAGAAAUCGGGCGAGACCUGGAGCACUGCGAAAUGCUGCAGAGAAAGUUUGAAGAUUUCUACAAUGAUCUAUCAGCAGACGAAGCCCGCCUCGACAGCCUCAACAGUCUUGCACAGACUCUUAUUGAAGAGGGACACUCGGAAGGCGACGCCAUUGCGAAUCGACUUAGGGCGCUUAGCGGGCAGUGGGAAGAACUGCUGUCUCUCAGUGAUAGGCGGAGGGAGACGCUAGAGAAUGCGCGGCAAAUCCAUAAGUUUGAUCGCGACGCGAACGACGUGAACGACCGCAUCCACGCGAAGGGUCGGACUCUUUCGAGCGACGAGUACGGAAAAGAUUUACCGAGCGUCGAACGUUUGCUGAGAAAGCACGACGAACUGGAACGCGAUCUGACGGUGAUUGAGGGUCGGUUGGAGGAGCUGGACGGCGAGGCUCGACGCCUCGUUUCCGAGCAACCUCCCAAUGCUCCCGUCGUCGAACAAAAGCUGGCGGAUAUCCUCGCCACUUGGCAGACGCUCGUCGAACAAGCGAACGAACGGAAAGCGAAGCUUGAGCAGUCGCGGAAGUUGCAGGAAUUUCUGAAGACGUUGCGCAACUUGCAGACGUGGAUGGCUGACGUUUCCGUGCGCAUGACGUCUGGCGAGCAGACGCAAGACGUCGAAGAGGCGGAGCACAUGCUGCAAGCUCAUCAAGAACGAUUUGCUGAAAUAGAGACGCGUCAAGAGAGCAUCUCAGCCCUCAGAUCAUUCGGCGAGGAGUUAAUGUCGGAGGAACAUUACGCGUCGGACGACAUCAAGACGAAGCUAUCCGCACUCGACGAAGAAGAGGAAAAACUGCUGAAAGCUUGGCAGACGACUUCGUAUCGCCUCAAUCAAGCUCUCGAUCUCCAACGCUUCAAUCGAGAAGCGGAACAGGUCGAUGCUUGGAUCGGCACGCAAGAAGCCUUCCUACAAAACGACGACGUUGGAGACACUCUGGACGGCGUCAAUGCACUGAAAAAGAAACACGACGACUUUGAAAAAUCUGUCGAAGCUCAGGAAGACAAGAUCAAGGCAUUAGAUCAGACGGCAACGAAGCUAAUCGCCGAGAAUCAUUACGACGGCUCCGCCAUUGCAUCGCGCAGGGUCGCCGUUUUGGCGCGAAGGAAUAAGCUGAUCGAGUUGUCUGGAGAUCGGAAGCUGCGGCUCGAGGAUUCGUUUCGUUUCCAGCAGUUUCGACGCGACGCGUUCGAAGUGGAGAGUUGGAUCAGCGAGAAGAUGCAGAUCGCUGGCGACGAGUCGUACCAGGAUCCGUCGAAUCUGCAGAGCAAGUUGCAGCAGCACAACGCGUUUGAAGCGGAACUGAUAGCGAACAAGUCGAGGGUGGAUACGGUGGUCGAGGUUGGCGAGACGCUGGUAAAAGCUGAUCACUUUGCGUCUACAGAAAUCGAGACGCGCAUUGACGACCUGCGUUCUCUGUGGCAAAAGCUGACCGCCAUCUCUUCCGACAAAACACAGAAACUGAAGGAGGCAUUUCAACAGCAACUCUUUACUCGCAAUGUCGAGGACAUCGCCGGAUGGAUUCAAGAAGUCGAGGCCGCUCUGACGUCGGAAGACUGCGGCCGCGAUCUGACGAGCGUCAAGACUCUGCAGAAGAAGCAUCAGCAUCUGGAGACCGACAUCAGCGCUCAUCAGGAUCGCAUCGACGACGUCGACUCGCACGUGAAGCAGUUCCGCGAGUCGAACCACUUCCGCGUCGACGAGAUCGAGGACGCGGCGCGCGCGUUAUUCGAUCGAUACUACGCGCUCACAGAGCUCACGACGCGACGUCAUCAGCUGUUGGACGCCGCACUCGAGCUGCAGCAGUUCUACCGCGACGUGGAAGACGAGAUGUCGUGGAUCCGUGAGAAGGAGCCUCUGGCCUCGACGUCCGAUUUGGGGCACAACCUAUUGGGUGUUCAGAACUUGAUCAAGAAACAUCAAGCGUUGGAAGGUGAGUUGACGGGUCACGAGAAUUUGGUCGAGCGCGUGAAAAGCACCGGACAGAGUCUCAUAUCGUCGGGCCAUUCGGCGGCGGCCGAUAUAAAGGUGCGACACGACAUGCUGCUGUUGAGCUGGUCGAAUCUGCAGAUGCUGGUGACGAAUCGGAGACAGAAUUUGGAGAAGUCGCUGGAGGUUCAUCGUUUCUAUUCCGAGAUAACGGAAGCGGAGACGUGGAUGCGAGAGAUGAAGCCGGUCGUCGGGAGCGAGGAGUAUGGCAGAGAUGAGGACAGUUCUGAGGCGUCGAAGAAGAAACACGAAGCCGUUGUGCAAGACUUGGAAGGUUUUCGAUCAACCGUCGAGACGUUGCGGUCCGAAAGCGAACGUCUUGUUAACGAAACGCACUUCGACAGCGAGAACAUCGAAAAGCGACAGUCGAGCGUCCAACAAAAGUACUCGGAACUAUUGCAACUCGCCACAGUGAGGACACGCCGUCUCGCCGACUCCCUCAAGCUUCACCAAUUCAACCGUGAAGUCGACGAAGUCGAGGCGUGGAUCGAAGAGAAAGAGAUGGUCGCAGCGUCGGAAGACUACGGCAACGACCUGGAGCAUUGCGAGAUUCUGCAGAAGAAAUUUAACGACUUCACUCACGAUCUGCUGUCUAGCGAAGAUCGCGUGCUGGCCGUCGACGAUUUGGCGCAGAAACUGCUCGACGACGGACACACGGACUCGGAAUUUAUUUCAGACAGACGAGAGGGUGUGCGACAGAUGUGGGCAGACGUGAACGAGCAGACCACAAGUCGCUGCCAGGCUCUUGCUGACGCGAAGGAAAUCCACACAUUCAAUCGCGACGUCGCUGACACUAAAGGUCGUGUCGUUGAAAAGGAGGCAGCCAUGUCGGAUGAUUAUGGGAAGGACUUGGCCACGGUUCAAGCUCUUCAGCGACGACACGAAGGUUUCGAGAGAGAUUUGGCGGCUCUGGAGGAACGCGUACACAAACUUGCCACUGAAGCGGCGCGCCUAUCCCGCUCGUUUCCAGAAAUGGAAUCGGAAAUCGUAGAACGUCUCGAAGACAUGCAAUCAGUUUGGCUGAAGCUCGUCAACAAGGCCGAGGCGAGAAAGGCAAAGCUCGACGAAUCGGAGCAGUUGCAACGAUACCUCAAUAACUUCCGCGAUCUUAGCUCGUGGAUUAGCGACAUGCAGUCACUUCUGUUGGCUGAUGAACUGGCAAUUGACGUGUCAGGCGCAGAUGCACUUAUUCAGAGGCAUAAAGAGCACAAGGCGGAAAUGGACGCGAGAGAGGACAGCUUUCAGGCGUUCAGUGAUAGGGGACAAGAACUCGUUUCUGCCGAGCAUUAUGCUGCCGCUGAGAUUUUGGAUAAAAUGUCGACGUUGGAGGAUCAGCGGACCGACCUUUACUUGGUGUGGGAUCGCAGGAUGCAACAGUUUGAAGACUGUUUGGACAUGCAGAAAUUUCGUCGCGAUGCCGAGCAGGCCGAAGGAUGGAUAGCAUUGCGAGACGCUUUCCUAGCAAACGAAGAACUUGGGAAUUCACUUGAGAACGUUGAAACAUUGAUUAAGAAACAAGAUGACUUCGAAAAGACACUCGCAGCGCAAGAGGAGAAGUUUCAAGCUCUGAACAGAGAAACAUUUUUCGAGAGAGCGGAGCGUUUAUCACGUGAAGAAGAGGAAGCUCGCCGAUUGCAGAUAAUCAAGAAACAAGAGAUGGAAGAAGAGAGGCAGCGGGAAGAAGUUUUGAAGCAGCAGCAGAUGGAGCGUCAGAGAAUUGAAGAGCAGAGGAGAGCUGAAUUAGAGAAACAGAGAAUACUAGAAAUGGAAAUGGAGAGAAGGAAGAGGAAGGAAGCAGAAGCGGAGGCCCAUGCUCAAGCAGAAAAGGUGAGACUGGAGAAUGAACGGCUUGAGAAAGAGAAACAGCAAGCUGAAAGAGAGAAGCGGCAAGCGGAAAGAGCGGCAAUGGAAGAAGAGAAGAGGAAAAGAGAGGAAGAGCUCAGGCGUCGUCAUCGAGCACCCGAACAAGUGGAGCCGAUUCAAGCUGAAGUUCAGGCCACACCCGUUCCGGAAACUGUUGCUCGUACGAACCGGAAAUUCGAGAAAGAAGGCGUUCUGCAGCGAAAGAAUGAACUGGACGAGGGUGGACGCAAAGCGACCGUCAGAUCAUGGAGGCCUUAUUAUGCAGUCCUUAUGGAAGAAUUACUGUGUUUCUACAAGGAACAAAAGGAAUUCAUCCAGGGUAUGCCCGUCUCCGCUCCGGCCAUCAACGUUUCAAAUGGCACGUGCGAAGUAGCCAGUGAUUACACAAAAAAGAGGAACGCGUUGCGCCUGAGACUCAACAAUGGAGCGGAGUACUUGUUUCUCGCUCGAGAUAGCGACGAUAUGUUGGAGUGGGUGCGCGCGAUCAAUGCGGGUGCGGCAAGCAAACGAGUGCAAAAGGCACCGACGACGUCUGCGGAUGCGAGGCUGAAGACGGGGCGGCCUCAGACACGCCUCCCACCCCAACCGCCUCAGGCCUACUCCUCAGGGUCUAAAGCUGCGUCGUUACCUACAAGUCUCCCUCCGUCAGCAGGAAGCAGCAGUGCUUCGGAGAGGUCCAGUUUUGAAACAUCUCCACCACCCAUUCCCUCGUCUCCUCCACCCGAAUUCUCUUCGGCCAUCCAGCCGUCUCGCGUCGUUCCUCAUCCGUCGGUAGCAUCCACUUCUGUCUCGUCGAGAUCAACGCUUCCGGCCGAUCUGAGGAAAGAGCAAAAGAAGAAGAAGCUGGGCGGUCUGUUUGGCAAGAAGAGGUAACAGUUUUGAGCGCAGAGUGACAGGAUUAUUAUUCGUAUUCACGGCGUAUCUACUUUUGUACGAGUAUUGGAGUAUCGGCAUGCUGUCCUAGGAUCGACAUUUGGUUUUGAUGUUUUGUGUGAACUUUUGUACUCAACGUCGUGAGAUGACGUAAAGACGUAGACUUAAGACUUUCAUAUAGAAACACACAAGUAGGAGAUAAAUGCG